AGUCCAUUCCACCCCCAUGGUUAUUAAUUUCAGAACACAUCUGAAUUCCUUCUCUGUGGCACAUGCUUUAGUCCAGCAGCAGACAGCUCCUGGCUGGGGUCAGAUUUCAAGUUCUCAUCUGUUGGUACCAAUACCACUACCAGAAUCUUCUUUGUAGCCAACUCUUGAGGUCUUCUCUGAAUACAACUUGGUGUCUGAAGAUCCACUCAAGUACCUGUGCUCAUCAAUCUUUUCAGAAAAUUACAGCCUCCUCUCUUGGCAAAACGUCUACUGUACUGAGUUUUGCUUUUGGAAACAACCUCCCUGAGACCCGGUUGAGAGCAACCUUCUGGUGCCAUAGCUUCCAGCAUGGAGGUGAAGAACUUCGCAGUUUGGGAUUACGUCGUAUUUGCAGCCCUCUUUGUCAUUUCCUCUGGAAUUGGGGUGUUCUUUGCUAUCAAGGAGAGGAAAAAGGCAACUUCAAGGGAGUUCCUAGUUGGGGGAAGGCAAAUGAGCUUUGGCCCUGUAGCGUUGUCUCUGACAGCCAGCUUCAUGUCAGCUGUCACUGUCCUAGGGACCCCCUCCGAGGUUUAUCGCUUUGGGGCAUCGUUUCUGCUCUUCUUUAUUUCCUACCCAUUCGUCAUCAUCCUCGCGGCAGAGCUCUUUCUCCCCGUGUUCUACAGAUCUGGUAUCACCAGCACUUACGAGUACUUACAACUGCGAUUCAAUAAACCAGUACGCUACGCAGCCACUGUCAUCUACAUCGUGCAGACGAUUCUCUACACAGGAGUGGUGGUGUAUGCCCCUGCCCUGGCACUCAAUCAAGUGACUGGGUUUGAUCUCUGGGGCUCUGUGUUCGCAACAGGAAUUGUUUGCACUUUCUACUGUACCCUGGGAGGAUUAAAAGCAGUGGUGUGGACAGAUGCAUUUCAGAUGGUUGUCAUGAUUGUGGGAUUCUUAACGGUUCUCAUUCAAGGAUCAGCUCAUGCUGGUGGCUUACACAAUGUAAUAGAGCAUUCAACAAAUGGAUCUCGACUAAAUAUAUUUGACUUUGAUGUGGACCCUCUCAGGCGGCACACUUUUUGGACCAUCUCGGUGGGAGGAACUUUUACAUGGCUCGGGAUCUAUGGUGUUAAUCAGUCGACCAUACAGCGAUGCAUUUCUUGCAAAACAGAAAAACAUGCAAAACUAGCCUUGUAUUUUAACUUGUUGGGUCUCUGGAUCAUUCUGGUAUGUGCUGUCUUCUCUGGCUUAAUCAUGUACUCCCACUUCAAAGACUGUGACCCUUGGACUUCUGGCAUUAUCUCAGCACCAGACCAGCUGAUGCCGUACUUUGUCAUGGAGAUAUUUUUCACAAUGCCAGGACUGCCUGGACUCUUUGUGGCUUGUGCCUUCAGCGGAACUCUGAGCACUGUGGCUGCAAGCAUCAAUGCCUUAGCAACAGUGACCUUUGAGGAUUUUGUCAAGAGUUGUUUUCCCCGUCUCUCCGACAAGCUGAGCACGUGGAUCAGUAAAGGCUUAUGUCUCUUGUUUGGCGUGAUGUGUACCUCCAUGGCCGUGGCUGCAUCUCUCAUGGGAGGUGUUGUGCAGGCUGCCCUCAGCAUACACGGCAUGUGCGGGGGACCAAUGCUGGGUCUGUUCUCUCUGGGAAUCCUGUUCCCUUUUGUGAACUGGAAGGGUGCACUGGGUGGCCUUCUGACUGGAAUCAUCUUGUCAUUUUGGGUGGCCAUUGGGGCCUUGAUCUACCCUGCACCAGACUCCAAGACAUGGCCCUUGCCUUUAUCAACAGACCAGUGUGUCCCAUCAAAUGUGACACUAUCACCACCUACAGAGCUAUCCAGCCGACCUGCAAUCGCUGACACCUGGUAUUCGCUCUCCUACCUUUACUACAGUGCAGUGGGCUGCUUAGGAUGCAUUGCUGCUGGGAUAAUCAUCAGCUUCAUAACAGGUUAUCAAACUGGCAAGGAUAUUCAACCACUGCUAAUUAGACCGGUUUGCAAUUUAUUUUGCUUUUGGUCUAAGAAAUACAAAAGACUGUGCUGGUGUGGUGUUCAGCAUGACAGUGGGACUGAGCAGGAAAACCUUGAGAAUGGCAGUUCCUGGAAACAAGGGGCUGAAUCUGUCUUACAGAAUGGACUCAGGCAAGAAGACCUGGUCAAUAUUCCAGGUCAUGAUCCCAAGGACAAAAGCUACAACAAUAUGGCACUAGAGAAGAUUACUCAUUUCUAACACAUGCAUGCGAGUGUAGCACACACACAGCACACACACAUACACACACACACACACACACAGAUACACACAGACCAUGUACUAUGUGCCUAUGGGUUAGCAGACUUGUGUAGUUGCCACUGCUAGAAGACAGGGAUGUCUCAUAUCUAUUUAUACUUAUUUAUAACUACAAAUAAAAUGACUGUUUCCAGCAUAUUCCCAGGAUAUUCUUUGGAAGACCCCAACUUUCACAUGAGAAGAAACAGCCAAACCUUAAGUGUACUGGCAAACUUCCUUCUGGGUUGAAUUAGGACUGGAUUUUACCACAGUGAAAAGAAUCAGUCCCUUUGCUUUAUGUCAUAUUAAACUUCAUCGUUUUUGUUUGG